CCAAACAGGAGGUCGAUCUAUGCUCCCAGCCAUGGCCGCCGCCGUCCUCUCCGCGUCGGGCCGCCGCCUCUUGUGCACCGUCGCCAGGCCCGCCGGAUCCUCCGAACUCCCCGUCCCGAUUGACCACCUUCGCAGCCUCGUUCGCGCGGGCCGCCUCGCCGACAUCGACGCCGCCCUCGCGCCGCACGUGACGUCCCAUUCCGUCGCCGCGAUCUCCGCCCUCUCGUCGCUGGGCCUCCCCGACCGCGCCUCUGCGCUCCUCGGCACCCUCCGGACGCCCACCGCCGCGCACCUCAACGCGCUCCUGGCCCCGCUCCUCCUCCGCCGCCGCCUCGUCGGGCUGGUGCCGUCCCUCCUCGAGGCGCACCCUUCCGUCCCGCGCGACGCCGCCACGGAAGCCAUCCACGCCAAGGCCCUGUGCGUCGCCUCCGGCGCCGAAUCCGCCAUCCACCUCCUCCAGCGAACGUCCCCGCCGCCAUCCAUCCAGCUCUUCACCAGCAUCAUCGACUCCUACUACAAGCAGCGUCAGCCCCACCGCGCCGAGCAGCUGUGGCGCCAGAUGGUCGACGACCACGGCAUCGUCCCCGACGUCCCCGCCCACAACGUCAGGAUCACCUACAAGGCCACCAGCGGCACGGUGGAAGAGGUCAAGGAGCUGAUCCGCGCCAUGCGCGAGGAUGCGGGGCUCCGGCCGGACAUCAUCUCCUACAACGGGCUGAUGCGGGCGAUGGCGCGGCACGGGAGGGUGGACGAGAUGCUCGACGUGUACAGGAGCUUGGAGAAGGGGAGCGCCGCGGCGGCUGAAGAGGAUAAGUUGGCGCCAGACUGCGUAACGUACACGUGCGUCGUUGCGGCGCUGUGCAAGGCCGGGAGAUGGUCGGAGGCAGACGACGUGUUCGACGAGGCGAUGAAGCGGGGUAAGGUAGCCGACCUCGGCGCGGUGCGCAUGCUGGUGCGAGGGCUCAGGGAUGCCGGCAAGGGGCGGGUGGCGAGGCGGGUGGUGAUCGGCCUGCGCAAGAAGUUCCCUGCCCGCUUUGACGGGCCAUGGAAGGAGCUCGAGGAGUUGGCUGGGCUGACCGGCAAGGAACAAGACGAUGAUGUCGAAGGGGAUGACGACGAGCAGGCGGCGCCGACGACGAUGUCUGCGUGAGCUCUCGCAGCAAUUUGCGUUUGUGGUUAAUAACUUGUGAAUACUUUAACCGUUGCUUUCAGUAAAAGCGGGGCUGUGUGCCUUUUCUCAAAAAAAAAAGAACCUGUGAAUACUUCAUUAGAUUAGCAAUUUCAUCGUUCAAUUAAAAUGGUUUAGGCUAUAUCGAUAAAGCAAAUUCUUGAUACGAGCUCUAAUAUUGCCAAAUUAGCUUCUUGAA